UAUGAGAACCCGUGGACGGUCCCCAAUUUCUUGUGUGUGUGUCGCAUUUUGCUGGCUCCGUUUUUGGGUUAUCUGAUCAUCCAGCAGCACUUUCACCUCAGCCUCGCCCUCUUCACACUGGCCGGAGCGACCGACCUGUUGGACGGCUACAUCGCCAGAACGUGGCCGACUCAGAAGUCGGCGUUGGGCAGCGCUCUCGACCCGCUGGCCGAUAAGAUUCUCAUCAGUAUUUUAUAUGUCAGUCUCACCUACGCCGAACUUAUUCCAGCUCUCCUGACAGCUCUGGUGAUUUCCAGAGAUGUUGGUUUGAUAGCUGCAGUUUUCUGGGUCAGAUACAAGACUGUACCUCCGCCGGUAACCCUCAGCAAGUUUUUUAACCCCUGCUACACCACAGCACAGCUCAAGCCCACACUCUUCAGCAAGGUGAACACAGCCAUCCAGCUGCUGCUGGUUGCGUCCUCGCUGGCUGCUCCGGUCUUCCAGUAUACAGACAGCGUCCUGCUGCAGUGCUUAUGGUAAAACACAAACACUAUAUUAC